AUGAAGGGCGCGGGGCCUUCACCCAUCACACGCUACAGUAGUUCACCAAUGGAGAGAAGCUGGAAAAUAAGGAGUCUGACUCAUCUCCUAGAUAGCAUGGAAAUAGCCCACAAAAAUGAUAUCGCACUUUACACCUCAGGACAUUUAAACCAUAACAAGCUUUAUAAACCUCCAGAGARAAUAAAACAGGGACAGUGGGAUUCUUCCAGGAAGCAAACCAGCUUCAUGAGAGAAAGAGAUCAAUUCCUGACUCAAAAUGAAAGUGCUAAGAAGAUGACAAAAUUUUCAAGUAACGUUUAUUCCAACAUCCCUCCACUUCCAGCACAUACAGACUCUUCCUUCCCUACCAAGAAACAUCCACAAUCAUCUGUGACUAGGGUUGGCCCCCCAGCAKAUGUAUCAUCAACUCCACUGGAAAGUUUAAACUUGAAAGAGCCUAAAAAGAAAGUGGAGGAGGGAACUGACAGACUCAGUACGUGUCUCAAAAGACAUGAGUUAGAUGUGCCAGAGAUUAUGGUGCUAAAAAACAAACCCGUGAAGAACAUCCGACAGUGUGUUGCUGAACCUGCCAAGGAGGAAUACCAGUUUAUACCUUCCUAUUUGGUCGGUGUAACUAAAACUGAUCAGUUUAACAAGUUCCUACAUUUCCAGAGGGAGUUCAUAGCAAAGCAUGAAUUACUACAGAACGAUUUCACAGUGAGCAAAAUAUCAGAGCAGCAUGAAAUGAAAUUAACUAAGGAGCUCCAGAAAAUCGGCGACUGUGAUCCCUGCCAUUUCAAAAGACUACAUGUUGUUGAGAAAGUGUUUGAAGAUAUUUGCAACAGCUCUCUGAUUUUUGGUGAUAUUUUGAAGGAAAUUAAGAAUGCGUAUGAGCAAUACAUCAUGAUGCUUCUAGAUUCCCUGCCUACAGAACAGUACAAGAUUCUGAAAGCUCAGGCCAAGGGGAUGGAAACAAGACCCUCAAAGGCUCAAGAAAUAGAGACAGUCAGGAAAGAUGUGCAAGUUCUUAUGAAGAAAGCCAAAAAUGCCUUGGAAAGAAAUCAAGAACUGCAGAAUGAAUUAGAAACGGUGAUGUGGAUGAGCCAGACCCCUGUGGAUGAAACAGAAAGCUGCAGUGACCACGAGACAAAGGAAGAAGUASGAAAAGUUUCCUCUGCUGCCGAGCAGCUUGAAUCAAUGAGGUGUCAAGUUCUCAGCACAUGGGAGGAAAUGAUGAUAUUGGAGACUGAGAAGAACGAAAGAAUGGCCCGUGCUGAGGUGGUGAACAUGGUGAACACUGUCAAAGAUGUAGAGACUGAAAUUACGAAAAUUGACUCAUCAAAUAAUUUUCUUCGGUGCCAAAUAAAAGAUGUUGAAGACCGCAUCACAGAAACUUUAGAWAAACUGCAUAUAACUCAAGAAAAUCAAAAGAAGCUAUGGAAAUCGAUAGAGGAAUUCUUGCUGCUUGAAGAAGAACARGCUUCUGAGAAUGCCAAAGAAAAUAAGGGCAAUAAAAUGUAGGAAGUUAAAUACCCUCUACUUCAAAUGUAUUAUUAAGAUCUUGAAGUUGUGCAAGUGGAACUCGGUUUUGAAAAACUACUUGGAUCUUAAAAUCAAAUAUAUAAUGCAACUUACAGAAAUGUGAUUCAAUUUUUUACAUACAUUAUUGUAGAUACACUGUCUGCAUAAAGAUAUAUUUCCCUACACCAUUUUUAGAAAAUGUCUUAUGCUAGUAACUUUUAUUAAAUAGCAAUGCUUUUCUAUACAGUUUUCAGUAGGCACUGUUCUUAUUUAGUCAAGGAUCCUUUAUUUAUGAAAGCAGCAGUGGGUAUUAAUUAAACUGCCAGGGUGAAGCACACAACUGGAAAUUAUUUAAGUAAAUUGAAGCUGCAUCUUCAAAAUAAGAUUCAUGUCACUUUGUGAACACUCUGUGUUGCCAGUCUUGAGUCAGAUCUUGAACUAUGCUGGAACAUUGUGGCUUGUAAACAUCCUUUCUAGAAACAUUUACAUGGUCCCCAUAUCUAAGCUUUUUGUUCUGUUGAUCACUAUGAAAGAAUGUGAAGAAAAGGCAGGAAGGAGGAGCAUUAUACCAACUGCAUAGCUAUAUCUACUCUAAAAGAACAUCAUAUUUGGACUCAUGAAUAGAUGAAGCUGGGCACAGUGGACUCAUUUCUUCCUAUUUAAUAAGAUAUCAGAUGAAAGGAGACCAUUGUCAUGCUCAUGCUUAGCAGCAAGCUAGACAAAUCCAGAACUCCUGAUGUGGCUAAUGGAUAUAUCUAAAUUAAUGGGAAGGAAAAGAGCUCAUAAACUGUAUAUCUCAAUCUGAUCAAGGUAGCUAUUCUACUGAUAAUCUGGGAGAACUCCCCUUUUAAAACAAAACAAAGCAAAUACAUCUUUUUCAAA